UACUGAAGGCACGUAAGUACCGUCGCCCACCCAAAAUGGCGAGAAGGUGAAAAAGCCUAUCCCUGUUUGUGAAGUUAUAUUUUCUUUGUUGCAUGAAGGCAGCAAAGAUAAUAGGGAGGAGUUCUCGACGUGAAUUGAUAUACAGGUUUUCACAAUAUGAAGAACUCGUUGCGAUGAGUUUUUCAAGAAGUACUUUUUGAAUCGUAACUUCUUGUCGGCACAUCUUUUGUGGAAAUUUCAAAGGGUAAAUUAAGUCAUCAUGAGAGAGUACAAAGUGGUUGUUUUGGGAAGCGGUGGCGUUGGUAAGAGUGCAUUAACAGUAAAGUUUGUGUCCGGAACUUUCAUGGAAAAGUAUGAUCCAACUAUUGAGGAUUUUUACAGGAAGGAGAUAGAAGUCGAUUCGGCUCCUUCAGUGUUGGAGAUUUUGGACACUGCAGGAACGGAACAGUUUGCGUCUAUGAGAGAUUUAUACAUUAAAAAUGGCCAGGGGUUUGUCAUUGUUUACAGUAUCACAAGUCUCCAGACAUUUCAAGACAUAAAGACUAUGAAAGAACAAAUAAUUCGAGUCAAGGGGAUAGAAAAUAUACCCAUGAUAUUAGUUGGAAACAAAGCUGACUUAGAACACCAGCGUGAGGUUCCACGCUCUGAAGGAGAGGCACUUGGACAAAUGUGGGGGUGUCCGUUUCUGGAGACAUCUGCUAAAAUUACUCAAAAUGUGAAUGAGAUCUUUAUUGAAAUUGUUCGAGAAAUGAACACAAGUCCAGUGAAGGAAAAAGGAAAGUGUUGUAAUUGUGUGAUUUUGUGAAAAAGGUAGAUGAUAGUUGACCAAUGACAACCAGAAUCAAACAAUAUAAUCCUGCCUGACUGUUUCAUGUUGCCUGGAUAAGUGCUUUUCGUUACCCCAAUGAUGAAACAAUCAGCUGUGUUCAUUCUGUAUAACCAUGGUGACAUUGUACAUGCAUCUACCAACCAGGCAGGAAAAUGCAUACAGCACUCAAGUUUCUCUCUAUACUCCUAAGUGUAUUAUGAUGGACAAUAUUGUGCCUGUAGGCUUCUGAAGAAAACAAAAAAUGUUAUUCAGAAUGCAUUAAAUCCAGGAAUAGAGGAUUUAUAUGAUAUUGAGAAAUUGUUUAAUUUAGAUAUACACGUAUACAGCACAUGCUUGGAACAUUGAUUGUUAAAAAAUGGAUGGCCUAUGAUAUGCAGUGUAUGUACAAUUUACUUCUUUUGUUCAAGUGCAAUUAAUAAUUUCUUAUUCUGGUAGUUAAACCCUGGACAAUACCCUGUAGAUCCUGUGGUAGUUGUGAUGAUGUACAUGGAAAUUCAACCAUUGGAAAACCACAUAUGUUUUGAUCAAACCAUUUCAUAUAAGUAAUGGGGGCUGAGUAUUCUUUAUCACUAAUGUGGAAGAUAUUGUCAAGCUUCCAUACUUUCUAUUUUGAUUUUGUAUGAUAUGUGAAAUUAGUCAAUACCGAACACCAGUUUAUGUGAUUGUUUUAAAGUCCACUUCAAUGUGAUUUCAGGAGCAGAAAUAUUUUUAGUAUAUUAGUGAAAUUUAUUUUUUAUUCUGUCAAAGAAUAUAUUGACAAUUAGAAUAUCUCAUUAUUCCGUUAAUGCACAGUACACAUUAAAACAAUUAUUUUUAAAACCCAAAUUAUUCACCUGUAAUCUCUAACCUGCCUCCCCUAUGAACCCCUCCCCCCAAAAAACAUCCAGAGACUUUUCUUUUGAUACACAUAUUGAUGACAUAGUUGAACUAUAUGACUACCAUGUAUAUUUCCAGUCUAAUUGGCAAUACCUUAUUCUCAAAUAGUACAUCUGUAUUGAAUUUGAGUAUUUGGUUUGUCUUCUGAGAUGAUAUCCAACAAAUUUAAUACAUGUAUAUAACAUUACAAAUUUAUUACACACAAAUGAAUUUUUGAAAUGGAAUAUCAAAAUCUGUGACCUUUCUGGCCAAAAUGUAAACAUACCAAAAAUACUUUGUAGUAAAAUUAGAUUUUUCUGAACAUCAAUUAAUGAGGUGUUAACAAUCAAUGAUGAUGAUGAAGAUAGAUUGUGAACGUUUUCUCUCUGAACACUGCAUGGGAAGGUCUUUAGAUAUUCUAUUGUGAAAUUUAUUAUACCAGAAUUAAAAUGAUAAUAUAUAUACAUGUACAUACGUAAGGUAACGGUAUGUAUACAAUAUAUAUAGUGUAUAGUUACAGGCUUUAAGGAAACUGGGAAUGUUAAUUUAUUAUCUAAGUAAACUUUAGAGAACUUGGAAUUAGUGAAUAGAGAAGCCCUAGUUCCAUUCUGUAUGGAAAUCCUGAAAAUGAAGUAGUAUUAUAAACAGUUCUUUUUAUGUGAAGGAGGUAAUUUCAGCUGGUUUUGUAGUACGGCGCUGAGGAUACAGCAUGCAUAUUAAUGAUGGCUUCAUUUACUAUCGUGGCUACUUAUGUAGUUUCUUUUCCCUCCAAAGCGACGUCUGUUGUUAAUUUUGAGAUCUGGUGGGUUGCAUACACUUGUCAAUAUGUAACAACUUACUACGUGUACUCCGUGACAUUUUGUAUAAGUAGCGUGGUUGAAAAUGGGUUACUGCAUAUUUUUUCGCACGCCCUCCUUCUUUAUUUAUAUUACAGCUACAAUAAGCAAUUUUUGAUCUAUCAACGAAAACUUUGUAUCGUAAUUUUUUCUUCUUCACAUUUUGAAGUACAUUAUUAAUUUACGAAGCUUUUCCGGAAUUGUUACGAGUUUAUGGUUUCGAUUUAUUCCCCUUUGAACAUCUUUCUUGAGAGAUGAACCCCCCUCCCCGUUGGAAUUGCACGAUAGCACUUAAAUACAGAAAGUCUGUAACAUUUUGUGUCAUUGAAUUACAUAAUUAGUAAGGACUCAUUUACAAACUACUUAAGUUUAAAAUAGGGAAGAACUCUAAAUCGGAAGUGUUUGUUAUGAUGUGUAUUGCAAUAUAGUACUGUAUUUUGUUGCCCUUUUAGUCUGUGAUGGUAAAAGACAAAAACAAAACCAGAAGAUUUUUGUGACAAAAAAAUAUAUAAUAUUGAUAUUUUAAAAAUGUUAUUGACUUGAUUUGUUUUAUUCAAGCAUAUGUAAAAAAAAAAAAAAAAAAAAAAUGUGUAGUCAUGAUUUAAAACGUGAGUUUUAAAGAGGAAGUUAUUUGUACAUACCAGCUGAUGAUGUUAAUUAUCAAAUUUACAUGUGGCAUCAAGGAUGCAUGGAAAUGUUUGACACUUGUGAAUGGUUACAUGCUAUGCACCAGUAAUCACAGAAUCAGGUGUACCGUCAUCUUCACAAGGCAGGCGUGCGAACCGGAUGCUUAGCUUGGGAAGAUGGCGUACUUUACACACUGUGUAGAUUUUACCUGACAGGUAAACAAAGUAUACACAUUCUUUAUACUUUUCUAUCUCCUGUCCUCAUCCGGGUGAUCUAAUGAUCGUAUGAGUAUGAUUUUUGUAUGUCCAUAACGUGAAAUAUUUUAGAAAUAUCAGUUAUGAAUGAAACAGUGGUAGUCUAGGAAGCCAACAUGCACACCUGUAACUUUCAUUUUAGUGACUGCUCAAUAUAUAUCACGUAGCUGUAGCUUGCUUGGCUAAUAUAUUUAUAAACACCCAAUCAGCAUUAAACCAAGGUCAAAUGUCAAUGGAGCUUCCUUUUUUACCCUUUAGUAUUCACUGAUGGUCACUUAUAUUUAUUAAUUUUUGUGGUGAAAUUUUAAUUUGAAUUUAUAUGUCGCGUGGUAAGCAAACGGACACCUAGGGACCCCUCUUGUCUACCUGUGUGUUGGUCCACUCCGUAACGUCCUCGGGUACCCCCCCCCCCCCCCCCCCCCCGGGGUAGCUUUAUCUACUGAACGUGUACAAAGUGUAUUAAGCGUAUUUAAAAGGUAGCACAUGCAUAAUGAAGCGUUUGGCGCAAUCAUAAAUUAACGAUGUUAGAUUUGCGCGAUGUAUGGGUUAAUAUAUUUUUUAUUUUUAUGUAAAUCAUUACACUGUAUAUUCUACUACGUCAAAAGGCGCUAAAUUAGUACUAAAGUAGUGUACACGGUUUGUAGGUCUUUGAUGCAACUUUCGGUAACACGUUUUACGUGAAACACUAGCAAUCACACGACUAGCAACUAAAUAUAUAUUCUGGAAGUUUUGUUUUACAAUACUGAUUUGAUCAAGCUUGUAAAGUACCGUAUAUAUAUUGCUAUCUCAUGAUUUGUAGUUUUAAAUUAUUGAUAUUCUGGUUAUUUUCGUUUUGUACUUUUGUUUUCACCUUCUCAAUCCCACGUGUACAUUCAUUGACAGCCAUUGCUUUGUGUCAAUGUUAUUGAUCAUGUUUAACAAAAGAAAACCUUUAUAAUAAAAUAUGUACUCUCUA